GGGUCUGUCCAUCCUGGGUCCUUUUCACUCUAAUCUCUCAACAAAGCAGGCAUUGCUCGCUUGUUUCGCAGUACGGGCACUCGUAUCCGCACACAAAAAAAAACAAGCCACAACAACAACCAACUUACUUGCUACCUGUCGUCGACGUUCUCUUCCGUUUUGAUCCUUCGAUAAUUCCUAGAAAAAAACUACAUUAAAAAUACAACRCAAUGCCAUCAUCCAACGGAGGCCGCGGUGGCUACAAAAAUAAGAACAGCAAAACAGAUUCCGCAAUGCUCGAGAAUGUGAGUUGAGUCGAGUUUCUGGUCGAGUCGUCGCCGUCUGUCUGGGCGAAGGAUUUCGGUCAUUUCUGAGGAAAUAAAUUCCCACAUCCCCCAAUUCAAGGAAUCGCUUUGUUACACAAAGGUUGUUCGGGAAAUUAAUUUUUGGUCGAUUCCGGCCAGCCAUUUCAUUGGUGUCCUCCAAACCGACUGCGGGAUGUCUAUGCAUGUGAUGGUGUUGUGUCGCCUUGCAUGUGAUGGUGCGAUUGUACGCAAAUAAUUCAAGACUCUUGUUCUCACUCAUCGCUUUGCUCUUGUUUGCUGUUCCUGCUGCUGUUUUCGUUCUUUUUGUUGUCUUGCUGUUCCUGCUGCUGUUUUCGUUCUUUUUGUUGUCUCUUUACCACAAUGAUGCCGUGUCGUGGACAACGUUGCCCCGCAAUCCCUAUUCUGACAUCCAUCCAUGUCUCGUUUUCGAUGCUUUCCAAAUGCGAAUUGAACGCACUGUGAUGCCUCGAUCCGCCAUGCGAUCGUGUCAAAACAUCGCAUUACGUCCAUUCGUUCUUUUUGUUGUCUCUUUACCACAAUGAUGCCGUGUCGUGGACAACGUUGCCCCGCAAUCCCUAUUCUGACAUCCAUCCAUGUCUCGUUUUCGAUGCUUUCCAAAUGCGAAUUGAACGCACUGUGAUGCCUCGAUCCGCCAUGCGAUCGUGUCAAAACAUCGCAUUACGUCCAAUACUUUAUUACGUCAUAUUCAAUCCAAUCCAAUCCGAUCCAAUCUCAUUCCAUCCAUUCAACACACCCAGCUGCGAGGCGCUUGUCCCCCGCACAAAAAGAAAGAUCUCGACAAAUUGUUCAAACAACUGAACGGCGAUGAAACAAAGAUCAUGGAAAAGAUCCAGCAGUGGUGGGAGGAACCCGCUCCGACACAGGAAGAAUCGUGGGAAGCCGUCUCCAAGCGGGAAAAACCAAAGAAACGCGCGAUGGGUGGCCGUGGCAGAGGCGGGCGAGGAGACCGAGACCAAGGUGGUCGAGGAAAUGGCCGUGGAGGACCCCGCGGUGGCCGAGGCGGAGGACGAGGCAAAAGAGACGACGGUGAUCGGGAUCGCAACCGCGAUCGCAACGGCAAGCAAGACCACAAGAAAUCCUUCYCGAAGACGGAGGGAGGAGACAACGCUGCUGCGGCAGGUGCGACUGCGACGGCGCCACAGGUAGCCGAAGCUCCCGUUCCUCCCGUGGGAAUUCCCACCCCCGUUGUGGCCCCCGCUCUGAAGGGGGCCUGGGGAGCCCGUGCCAAAACAGCGGCCUCCGGACCAACGGAGGCUUCUGCGAAAUCGAGCGCGAAGGCUCUGGCAGCAGCAAGGGACGACUCGGCGGCGGCCACCGAAGUUCCCUCCACGGCGACCGCUGCGGCSUCGGAGGCUUCGGAACCAGCCGCUCCGGCGGCUCCCAACGCCGAAGCCGCCAAUCCGGCCCUUUCUUCGAUGGACCCUGGUUCUGCUGUUCCCGUUUCGCUGCCACCCGGCAUUUCCUCUGCCACAAGCACCGCACCCGCCCUCGUCCCGAGUGGCAACGUUUGGGCCACCAAGGGAUCCGCGCAUUUGAUCCAGGCCGAAAAAGAACCCGUGCCUGCUCCUACACCCGCUCCUGUUAUUGCCCCCGAAGAACCGACUCCCGAAGAACCCGCGGCUGCCGCCACCGAGCCAGCCCCAACUCCAACCGCCUCCGAACCACAACAACCUCCCACACUCGAAACCGGGAUCCCGUCGUCCUGGGGAAAAGAGGAAUCCGCACCAGAGCCCACACCGGCUGCCCCUUCCUCGAUGGAACUGCCCAUUCCCACUCCCGAACCACCCGCGGAGCCACAAGCCGAGCCGCAGCCGAUUGUGGAAAAGCCCGUGGUUUCCGAGCCACCCGCACCCGUUUCGGUGCAACCGCCGGCUCCCCCAGCACCCCCGAAGGUGUUGAACAUGGGGCGAUGGGACACGGGAGGAUCCGACGAUACGGACAACAUCGAUUUUGGAUUCGGAUCCUUUGGCGCUGUUUCCGACUCGAACACCAAGGACAUUGUCCAACAGGUGGUCAGCAGCAGCAACAACGGAAGCAAGGACCAGCCAAAACCCACCGCUUCCUCUCUCUCGGCCUCUGCUACCACAGCUACGACUUCGGUUUCGCCCGCUAGGCCACCACCCGGUCUUUCCAUCGGUGGCAUGCCUCCCAUGCCCGCAAGCGCCGUUAUGGUUCACGAACUGGAAACCAAGCUAGAAGGUGCCUCACUGACCAACAACUCCAAGAACGUCACGGAACAGGGGCAGGUUCCGGUAACCCACGCACCUCCACCGGCCAUGGGACAGAAUGCYGUUCUUCCCACCGGACUCACGCAACAAAACUACACCCAACAACAACAACUGCACCAGCAACAGCACGUCAUGCCCAGCAUGUACAACUACAACACCGGAGGUGCUUAUCUUGGUGGAAUGCAACCCGUUCUCGGGGGCAUGCCCCAGCAGCAACCCGGCAAACCGGACCAGCUCGGAGGCCACAGCAACAGCCUACCCCAGCAGGGACUCUAUGGCACACAAGCCCCUCCAGGCGUGUCCUCGUCGGCUGUCAACGCGAGCCGCGGAGACUCCGCCACUGGAAACUCGGCCUCCGACAAUGCCUCGACGCCCGCUCCCUCCGCCGGUGUACCCCCCGGCAUGCCCAGCGCGAUCCCCUACGCCAACCCGGCUGCCCUCCACUACGGAGCCCAGCACGCCGCCGCUGCCCAGCACCAGUUCUAUGCCAUGGGCGGACACCAGCAGCAGGGUAUCGGAUACAACUACGGAUACGGUGGACACCAGCAAUUCGGAGGUGUCCAGGGAGGAUUCGGAUACCCGCAGAGCAUGGGCCAAAACCUCGGCUACGGUGCCUCCCACAACCACUACGACGAUCAGGGCCACCAGGGCAGCUCACACCACUCCGGAUCCGGAGGCUACCAAAACAAGAGCGGGGGAGGCGGUGGAUACCGCGGCCGAAAUGCCCACAGCAACAACCAAUACCAAAACCAAUACAAUCCCCAGCAACACGGUGGAUAUGGUGGACACGGAGGACAACCCUACGGAAUGGGAUACCACGGACACGCACAGGGAGCCAUGUCGGAUCCCUAUGCCGCCAUGCAACCACAACAACAGCAGCAGCACGAACCCCACGGAGGAAUCCACUCGGGAUUCCAAGACGACGACCACAACAAGGGAAGAAAGGGGGGACGCGGCGGCGCCAACAACAGCAGCAGCAGCAACAACAAUUCCACACUCCAGCAACAGUUCCAGGGCGGUCCCCACAAUCUCGGUGGCCAGCAAGCCUUUGGACUGCAGGGCCAGCAAGGAAUCGACUCGGCUCCCUCGAGCGGUGGAUGGCCCAAUCAGGCCGGAGCCGGUGGAUGGAGCGGAACCGCCGCCCAAUCCGGUGGCUGGCAAGGAAACUAGGUCGGUUAUUUCGACUCGAUUCGAUUGGAUUGAAUUGGAUUCGUUUCGUUGCGUUGCGUUGCGGCGAUACAAUAGCAGCUGGGGGUUGCCUCGUUUUUGGUGUUUGUAGGAUCUUCCUCUACCUCUCGUUGUACAUACGCAGAAUGGACGAGAACCGAGAUCGAAGCGGUAGAAUACGGAGGAAUCCGUCGUCUUUGACGUGUUUCCUUCCAGAAGCGACCAUGGAUUCGCAUUACAGCAGUUGUGCAGUGCAGUCCAUAACAAGGCGCAGUUCCAAAAAUUUCUCAUUUUCAUCAUGCACACAACCGCUAAAAUAAUAUAACAAUAAUAAA